UUCUCCCGUCCCGCGGGCCCCGCCUAUAUUUAUUUAACAACAUCUUUCCCCUCCCCGCUCGUUUGACUUCGACCUGCGUGUGCUCCCUCUCGUACUGCCAUACUCCUGGGCCGGGAUUCGGAUAGGGUUUUGCGGCGAUCCAUUUCUCGAUUCAAGGGGAAGAAUCAUGGGGAAGUCCUACCCGACCGUGAGCGAGGAGUACAAGAAGGCUGUCGAGAAAUGCAAGAAGAAGUUGAGAGGCCUCAUCGCUGAGAAGAGCUGCGCUCCGCUCAUGCUCCGCAUCGCGUGGCACUCCGCCGGUACCUUCGAUGUGAAGACGAAGACCGGAGGCCCGUUCGGGACCAUGAAGCACGCCGCGGAGCUCAGCCACGGGGCCAACAGCGGGCUCGACGUUGCCGUCAGGCUCUUGCAGCCGAUCAAGGAUCAGUUCCCCGUCAUCACUUAUGCUGAUUUCUACCAGCUGGCUGGCGUCGUUGCUGUGGAAGUUACUGGUGGACCUGAAGUUGCUUUUCACCCCGGAAGAGAGGACAAACCACAACCACCUCCCGAGGGCCGUCUUCCUGAUGCUACCAAGGGCUGUGACCACUUGAGACAAGUGUUUGGUGUUCAGAUGGGCCUUUCUGACAAGGAUAUUGUGGCCCUCUCUGGUGGCCAUACCCUGGGAAGGUGCCACAAGGAGAGGUCUGGAUUUGAGGGAACCUGGACCGCAAAUCCCCUCAUAUUCGACAACUCGUACUUCAAGGAAUUGUUGAGCGGAGAGAAGAAAGAACUUCUUCAGCUGCCAAGUGAUAAGGCUCUUCUUGCUGACCCUGUUUUCCGCCCUCUUGUUGAGAAAUAUGCUGCGGAUGAAGAUGCCUUCUUUGAAGACUAUGCUGAAGCCCAUCUGAAGCUCUCUGAGCUAGGGUUUGCUGAUGCCUAAGAAAGUUGAAGUUAAAAGGUUGUGGGUGAUGCCACAAUCUAAUGUCACAUGCUUUUUGGUUUUAGAAUGGAAUGUUCUAGUUGGUCGUUAGUUCGGGAAAUCGGAUGCCCUCUGUUCGUUUUGUUGAAUAUAUUAAAAUUUGGGAAUUUGGGGACUGAAUUCUGUGAAGGUUAUUCUUAAGAUAAAUAAAAGCACAUUCCGCAUA